AUAAACUGUCCAAGAUGGCGGCAGGAGGAAGUAAAAAGUUUCGAAAACCGAAUCCAAGAGUCUUCUGAAGUUUUCUGGGGACAACCACGAAGAAAGUGCAGUUACCACCUACCUGACACCUGUGUGAUUCAUUAUGGCUGAGGGACAAGGUGCAGGUGGUCACUCAGGUGAAACUGCAGGUCCCCCCCAACCCUGUACCAGCCAGCUGAAGAGGAAGGGGGAGGAUGGAGAAGAGUUUCCUGGGAAGAAGAAACCAGCUGCUUGUAGAGGGUCACCAGUGGGAGGUGUCCAUAACUACUUCUAUUACAUCAAGGAAAAGGUGAGCUCAGACUGGAAGGACCUGGCCUUCCAUCUUGGGUUUGAACAACCCGACAUCGACAACAUCGAAGGGAGAAACCGAGAUGACAAGUCUUGCUGUAUGGACCUGUUGGAGGAAUGGCUGAAGCGUAACGGAGAGAGAGCCACCAUAGAGGUCCUGAUGGAGGCUCUGUCUGAGGCAAACCUGCAGAGUGUUGUGGAUGGUCUCAGGAGGAAACUUCAAGAAGAGCCCUUUCCAGUUCCAGUUCCAGUUGGAGCUGCAGGAACAGAGUCUUCUUCAUUGACAGAUGUAUUCCAGAAGUCUGUGAAGAAGUACUAUGAGUUGAAACUGUCUCAUUUUAAGCCUCUGAUCUGGAAUGAAAAUUUCACACUUACUCUCAGUGAUAUCUUCACCCACUUAGAGUUGGUACCAACAAGUGAAAAACAGCUCAAAACAUCUGAAAACUAUAACAGGUCAGAAUCAAUGGGGGCAGAACAGAGGAAAGAACUGCUUUCAUUAGAUGACUUGUUCAACCCAGAUGUCACAGGACUGUCCACAGCACCAAGGUGUAUUCUGAUUGAGGGUGAAGCCGGAGGGGGGAAGACAACGUUUCUGUCUAAAGAAGUCCUAGAUGCCGUCUCACAGAAAACAGAGCUGGGCAUUCAACAUGACGUCGUCCUGUUGAUAAGACUCCAGGAGGUGACAGAGGGGCAGACCAUACAGGAAAUGGUUUGGGACCAGUGUGUUCCAGAAACGACUAAAGGUAUUCAUAUACAGUCCAUCAGAGCACUCCUACAGAGGAACGAGUCCCGUGUGCUCUUCCUCCUAGAUGGGUAUGAUGAGCUGCGGCCUGAGGCCAGGGCAGCUGGGCAGGCCAUUCCCAAACUGCUGUCUGGCAAGUUGUACCCCAACAGCACGAUUGUGAUCACCUCCCGACCCUCAGCAGGAGUGCAGCAGUACACCCGGCCAGACUGUCAUGUGCACAUCAUGGGCUUCUCCCCUGAACAUAUGGUGAAAUAUGUGAGAAAGUAUUUCUUCAUCACAGAAAAUCCUGAGCUGUCCGAGGAGUUCAUCAGACAAUAUUUCACAGUCAUUGAUGACAAUGACAGUGAUACUGAUGAGGAUGAUGAUAGACUCAGUGAUAUAUCAGACUCAUCUAGACAAAGUCAUAAUGAGGAGGAAGUUGAGACAGAAAGUACAACGUCUGCUAUAAAUGUAGUUCUGAAAGAUAACAAACUCUUGAAUAACCUCAUCCAGACACCAAUGUUCCUGAUGUUGGUCUGUCUGCUGUGGGAGGAGGACCAAGAGAUGGUGUCUACUGGAACAAUGACGGGGCUGUACGACAACUUGCUGACAUGUCUGGUUAGAAAGUACUGUAAGCGGGAAGGAGUGGACAUGCCAACAGAAGGGCUGCCUAUAGAGGUUGCUGAGUCAUUACUGCAGUUCGGCAUGCUUGCGCUAGAGGCACUGCUGAGGAAUGAGACCCUGCUUAAUCUAACAGAAGUAGAGAAAGAAAAUGUGAACUGGAAGUUGUUGUUAAAGCUGGGUGUGGUGUCCUUGGAGGGUUCUUCCUCAAGAUUGCAUCCAAGGAAACAGCUGAAUUUUUCCCACAAGACCAUGCAAGAGUUCCUGGCCGGACGAUAUGUUGCUCAUGCUCUGUUGAACCAAGACAUUGUAGAGCUGCUAAAGCUUACCUCCAUAACCAAGGUGUUUGAAGUCAAUAACCUGCUUCAGUUCACGUGUGGCUGUGACUCACGGGCAGCACAAGCUGUGAUGGAGGAACUGAGCAAGAUCGGCAGCAGAGAGUUCUCACAUUUGAAACCAGAACAUUUUGAAAGGCUAGAUGUGCCAAUGGAUGGAGACAUACAAAGGUCCCGCAAAACCUAUAAAAGGUUUGCAUCCCUGUGCCUGACCAUCCUCUGUGAGAGGCAAGAACCAGAAGUGCUUCAGGGCAUCAAUCAAACCCUGCCGAUUGUCAUGCUGAACAGCUCCGUUAACAGUAGAGAAGCCACAGCUCUGAAGUAUUACAUACAAAAUCUUCAUUCAGCAAACCUGCCGGACAGGCUCAUACUUACGAUCAUUGAAGGCACUGACAGCAGAGACACAGUUCAGUACCUACAGCAGUGUUUUACAACUUCACUUCCUGGACUUAGAUUGGACUUGAAACUAUCAGGACAGUUUGACUCACCUAAUGAGACAGCCAGGCUGGUUUCAGUUCUGAAGAAUGUUCCUGGUCUGAGGGCGCUCGAUCUGUCUCACACAGACCUAACACCAUCAUCACUCCAGCCACUUGUGCAGGGGUUCAACCACAUGUCUCUGUUAGAGGAACUGAAUCUUAGCUGUAACCCUGGCCUUGGUGAUGCUGGGAUGGCAGUCCUACAGGUUGGGCUGUCCAGUGUUCCACACCUGGCUGUACUCCGUCUUGGAGGGUUAGCGUUGGGAGUCUCCAUGUCAGCUGUGGGCAUGUCAUCCCUGGCUCCCUACAUGCGCCACCUACUUGGACUGACAGAACUAGAUAUAAAUAAGAAUAAGAUCGGUGACACUGGGCUAGAAUCUCUCACCACUGUCCUCCCCAUCUUCACAGCCAUGCAGGUGUUGCUUCUGAGGAGCAUCAGUAUCAGCCCCACAGGCAUGCGCACACUGGUCCCUGCACUGUGUCAGCUAACCAAACUGAUCCAACUGGACAUUAGUGAAAAUGACAUAGGAGACCCUGGGCUGGAAUGCCUGGCUGCUAUCCUCCACCACCUCACAGCCAUGAAGGUGUUGGUUCUCGAGCGUACAGGUAUCAGUGACAGGGGAAUAUCAUCCCUGAUCAAAGCUCUGCCUCACCUGGUGCAAUUACAGGUGUUGGAUGUGUGGGACAAUAACAUAAGAGACUCAGGGAUUGUCUCACUGGUGCAAACACUCUGCCAGCCCAGCAGUAUGGAUAUAGAACAAAACCCACCUGGUAACAAGCUUAAGAGUCUGACCACAGCCCCUCACUAUAACACCACACUACAGAAGCUGGACAUUGGGGGGAAUAGGGGAGUAACAGGAGCCGGACUGGGGAGGGUCGCACAGCUCAUCAGCGCACUGCCAGCACUGACCAUGCUGGGCAUGUCUGGUUACUGGGACACACCUGCACACCUGUCUGACACUGCUGCCAUGGCUCUGGCCGAGGCUCUACCCAGACUCCCUGCCCUGGAGCGGCUGGACCUGGAGGACAUUUCCAUGGAGCCUGCAGGGUUCCAGGCUGUGGUGCAGGCUGCUGAGGAACACCCAGCACUAGAGGAGCUGCGCUACUCUAGGGAUGGAGUUCCUGAGGGAGCGGACACCACAGCCAGCUGCCUGGAUCUGACCUGAGUCCCCAACAUGCCGACCUGUUCUGUACAUUGUCUCACCUGAGGUGUGGCUGUCCUGACAGGUGCCCUCCAGUCUGGACCCCUG